CCCGGGCCUAGUCGUGGGAUGGCGGGUUGUCGGGGUGGGGCGCUAAGCUGCGGGACGCGCGAAACGUGACGCAGACGCAGCGAAGGGCAAAGUGGAUGAGUUCCGGCAGCUUUAUGAGAGGGCUCGGGAACGUACCCGGCUCGGCCUUUGGCCGUCGGACGGCUGGUAGUCCAGAGGAAUGUUAGAGCUGUUUUUUGAUACCUGCUGUUAAAUGUAGUCAAAGCAGUGGCUUGAUUCCUUCAGUAGCCCAGUGCUGAACUCCCGCAGGUGCCAGACCCUGAACUUGGCACAGUGGGAGUCUCUGAAGGUAAAAACGACCCGGUCCCUAUCUUCUGAAGAGAACACAGUCUGUCGAGGGAGCUUCUGCUAUCUGAAGUAGCAUGGAUCUGCCUGUGGAGGAGUGGACAUCACACAUACUUCAGAAGUGGUCUUUGCUCCCCAAGUCCAUUCAGGUCACAAUUUCUACAGCAGAGACUUUGAACGAUAUCUUUCUUCACUCAUCUUCGCUUCUUCAACCUGAGGAUGAGAUAUUUUUAAAAAGGCUUUCUGGAGAUUACCUUGUAGGAAAGGACCCUGACGCUCCCCUUUUCUACAGAGAAGAAGGAAACAAAAAAUUUCAGAAGAAGGAUUAUCUGGAAGCCACAGUGCUGUACUCUAAGGGAGUGUCACAUUCAAGGCCCCACACUGAGGACAUUUCACUGUGUUACACCAAUCGCUCUGCAGCCCUCUUCCACCUGGGUCAGUAUGAAACAUGCCUUAAAGACAUCAACAGAGCACAGAUGCAUGGAUAUCCAGAAAGAUUGCAACCCAAGAUGCUGUUGCGUAAGGCAGAGUGUCUGGUGACCCUGGGGAGACUGCCCGAGGCAAGCCAGGCCAUCAGUGAUCUUGAAAGUAACUUUGCUGCCAAACCGACCUUAGCAGCUUCCCAAUUGCAGAUUCUGCAGAGAACCCUCUGUCAUCUGAAAAUCAAGGUACAAGAAAAGGAGAAUCUCACAGAAGCCUUCCCAGCAGCUCUAACCAAAGCCUUUGAGGAUGUAGACCUAAGACAAGAGAAUGAACAGAUUUCCAGUGCAUCAUCAUCUGUCAGCUUAUGCACAGACCCUUUAAAAGGCCGCUAUCUGGUGGCCACAAAAGAUAUCCUCCCAGGAGAGCUUCUAGUGAAAGAGCAUGCUUUUGUAAGUGUCCUUAACCCAGGAGAAAUGCCACCACGACAUCAUAGCCUAGAGAGCAAGUGGGACACCAGAGUUACCACUGGGGACCUCUACUGUCACCGAUGUUUGAAGCACACCUUGGCCACAGUUCCCUGUGAUGGAUGCAGCUAUGCCAAGUACUGCAGCCAGGAGUGCAUGCAGCAGGCCUGGGACCUCUACCAUAGUGUAGAGUGUUCUCAGGGGGCACUGCUUCUAACACUGGGUGUUUUUUGCCACAUUGCCCUGAGAUCAACUCUUUUAGCUAGAUUUGAGGAUGCUGGCAAAGUCAUGAAGCUUUGUGGUGAGAGUAGUAACAGGGACAUCUGUUUACCUGAAAGCAAGAACCUGGUACAAAUGCUCAGUUAUGACCUGGGAGGGGAGAGUGAGAAAAAGGGUAAAACAGUUGAGGCCCCAAUUCCUGGAUGUGAUAUUAAUGGGAAGUAUAAAAAUAAUUAUAAUGCUGUCUUCCACCUUUUACCCCAUACUGAAAACCACAGUCCAGAGCACAAAUUCCUCUGCGCUCUAAGUGUUUCUGCGCUGUGCAGGCAGCUUGAAGCAGCCAGUUUACAGGUCUUCACAGCAGCUCCGAAAUCAUGUAGGCUGAAAGCAGUAGAGGCUCCUGCAUUGUGUCCGGAGUUGAGUGUUUGGGGAGUGGCCAUGCUGAGACACAUGCUACAGCUGCAGUGUAAUGCUCAGGCAAUAACCACCAUACAGCAGACAGGAUCUAAAGAGAAACUCAUUACCGACAGCAGGCAAGUACGCCUUGCCACAGGCCUCUUCCCUGUCAUCAGCCUCCUGAACCAUUCCUGCAGCCCCAACACCAGCGUGUCCUUCAUUAGCACCAGCGCCACCAUUCGGGCAUCACAGCAGAUCAGAAAAGGGCAGGAGAUUCUCCACUGCUAUGGGCCUCACGAGAGCAGGAUGGGUGUUGCUGAGAGGCACCAGAAGCUGAAGUCUCAGUAUUUCUUUGACUGCAACUGCUCGCCUUGUGAACGUGAGAAGCAGAGCUCCCAGAAGGGGCCCGGGCGGGAAGCCUUCUGUUGUCACGCUUGCGGAGCGCUCCUGCAGGGAGGUGAUGUUCUGAGCUGUGGCACCGCAUCUUGUACGGAAUCAGUCAGCAGGGAUCACCUGGUCUCUCGGCUGCAGAACCUUCAGCAGCAGGUGGGCAUGGCCCGGAAGCUUCUCAGAAAUGGUAAACUAGAGCGAGCCAUUCAGCUGUUGUUGAGAGGCCAGCAUGAUGCUGAGAGCUUCCUGUCCUCAGAGCACAGCAUGGUGGGAGAAAUCGAGGACCACCUGGCCCGGGCCUAUGCUGCCUUAGGGGACUGGGAGAAGUCAGCUGCCCAUCUACAGAAGAGUCUCCGAGUAGUUGAGGCUUGCCACGGGCCAUCCAGUAUUGAGAUGGGCCACGAGCUCUUCAAACUGGCCCAGAUCUUUUUCAAUGGGCACAGUGCUCGGGUCCGUGUGCAGAUGGGAGGCGACGCAGGUGAACCUGAGGUCAGUGUGUCAUCCCCGAGUUAGAGGUGAGAAACAGGCCUAGAAAGGCUAUAAGUUUGUGCAGGCUCUCUAGCCGGUACACACGGGGUGGGGCCUUGACCCUCGUCAGGGUUUCCAGCCAGAAACCUAUCAGUGCCCGCCCCCAACAGGCACACGGGUGGGAGUGCUCCCUUAUCUGUGCUAGUCUUUCUCUACAGCCCCUUACACUUUGUAGGCACUUACCCAGUGCCUACUUGUUGUUUUGACUGUUGGUUUUAUUCAAGUCCUGUAUACCCAGUGUUUGCCUUGGGUUUGGUGACAAGCAGACGGCCCUCAGGCAGGUGCCUUUCCUGGGUCCUCCUCUGCCUCCUGUGACUCCCUGCUUUUCCAGCCCCAUCUGACACCCACCAUCCACCUUUGGCCAAAAAAGAAGUGGAGAAGCCCUCACCCUUGAAGUAAGCCACACCAAGGAGGAGAAUGCUGAUUCCACUGGGUAUUUCCCUUGUGGACCUAGCGAUUUUCCCUUUCAUCUGGGCCUGCACCCAGUUGUUAAUCUCCUGAAGGUCCAAGCGAGAGUUGCCGGUCAGGAUUCUGGGCCUGGUCCCAUACGACUUUUCCAGGGGUGCAACGAAGUUGGCUUUUAUCCGCAGCUCUGCGAAGACACGGAACAGAGGUUUCAGUGUGCUCUGAGAGCUAAACCAGCCUCCUGUCCGAGAGCAUGCCAGGCUGAGAUUCUGGUUGACCCCUCAGCAGGCCCUGACUUCCUGCCUGGCAUCUUUCCGGUACUCACCCAGACUCCGUGCCAGCUUCCCCAGGCGCUGGACAGGGAACAACACAUUUCACUCAUUGCUGUUUCUCUUCACAUUACUGCCCUCCCCUGACCCUCCCACUGUCUCCCUCAGACCACUUCCUCUUUCCAAUCCUCUCUGGGCUCACAGGGCCCCUUCCUGCCCCCCAGUGCCUGGCCCGGACAGACGUGAUCUAACAUGUAAAGGAAACCCCCAUGUGCAGCACUGAGUCCCCCGUGCCUCAGGCAGCCUUGGCUGGCAAGGCGACUCACUCCUCUCGAAGAUGAUACGGGAAGCACUCUUGAGGUUUUUCUCGGGGGUAGUGACAGAGGCAAGGAGUUCCUUGUAGGUUCCGUGGAUGUCUGGGUUGGUGAUCAGGUCAUAGUAGAGAGAGCGGUGAAUGCUGGAUUCCGUCCGCUGUUCCGCUCCUGCCAGGGGACGAGCAAGUGAGCCUCUGGGGCCCAAAUCAGGCCAGCUCCCAGGGCAGGGCAGGGACACUGGACUCUGAGUCUUUUGUCUGCUGGUACUGGAGACUCUAGGUGGGCAAGGAAUUUGAAGGCAAUGGAAUAAGUAGGCUAAAGGCAUCCUGCCUAGAGAGAGAUACGGGUGGGAGUGAGGGGUGCAAGUCCCUGGGCUUCCUGCAUCACAGCAUUUACCAGAUUUACCAGAUUUACACAGCAUUUACUGUUCUGUAGUUUCCCCCGUGAACGCAGCUGUGCGACCUGAGUGAGGGCAGAGACCCUGCCUACUUGUGUGCAGUUACAUCCCCAGAACCUAGCCGAACCAACAAGGCUGGCACAUAGUAGAAGCUCAUUUAAGGAGUAAGUGGUUCCGCGGCCACACACCCACGUCAGCAGUGCUUGGCCCCGUGUUCCAUUUGCAGAGGCCCCUCCCCCCCCGCCACAGCGGGGCCAGUGUCUCAGACCUCUUCCCCCUUCCUGAGUGAAGUGUCUCCGGGGCUGAGAGUCAGGUAUGUGCAGAGGCGUGACGGCAGCUCUAGGAUCCAGAGCUUUCUGCAUCACGGGACUCACCGAGCGAAAGGGCGGAGAGCGCCGUGGCCACGCUGAGCGGAGACAGGAGCACAUUGGCAGCGGGGCUCUCGCUGGACUUCACGCGGUAGAGGUCGUAGCCAAAGUUGGAGACGGCCGCUGCCAGCUUGUUCAGAGGGACCUUGAAGAAGGGAUCGUCCUCCUCCACUGGCACCACCGUGGUGUCGGGGUCCGGGGAGCCCUGCGUGCAAGUACAAGGACCAGUGCAGUGAGAGCUGUGGAUGACUGGUCUCCACACCAGUUUGCAUGGAAUUGUCCUUCUGGUCCCUGAGGGCCGUCCUGCCUGAGGAUGGUUGUGUUUAGCCUGUCCUUAGGAUGAGUCUGUGCUCCUGCUCACACAGGGGCUCUCUGCUGGGGAAAGGCAACCCAGAAGAGAGGUUAGCUGUGCAGUGACCUGUGAGCCUCAAGCCUAGGACACACGUUAAAAAAAAAAAAAGGGAGAGAAGUCUCCCUUCCCAAGAAACUCCAUUCUCAAGACAGACAUACUCCUCAUCUGCUCACUCUUGCUUAUUGCUCCCAGGUCUCCACCUGGACCCUCCUAUCAAACUUCCCCUGUUUUCAUGGCCCUGAUCAGUUGUCACCUCCUCUACCUCAGGCUUUCCCUGAUCACCCCAAUCUGAAGGCAUCUUUUGGUUUUCUGAUCUUUUUUUCAGAGUCAACUACCAUUUACAUACAUAUUAACCACCUACUAUGUGUCAGGCUCUGUCUUAGUUCUUUUCAUUUGAGUUACUUCAUUUCAUACUAGUUGAUGUAGUUGAUACCCCUAAAGACUCAAAAGAUAUCUCAAAAGACUGAGUUCCUUGAAGGCUAGAAGUGAGUCUUUUAUAUUUCUUCUUAUCCCCAGCACCCACAGAGUAAAUGUUCAGUAGAUAAAAAAUAAGUGAUUGUCCACAAUGGCCCUGUAUGGAUGGGUGUUUUUAAUCCCAGUUUAUAGACAAGAAAACAAUUAAUGACAGAGCCAGAAUUCAGACUCGAACUCAUGACAGAGUCCAGGGCUCCAGCCAGUAUACCCCACCUGCCCUGGCCCCUCAUGUGACAGUCACACACACCCCCUGCUGUCACAUAGACAGGCUUCUCAGCAUCUGCCUUUGCAACCGACUGUGCUCUCUCUGGACAGGAAAGAGGCCUUUCCAUGCUCUUACAUCCCAGCUGCAUCCUGGUCAGUGUUGGAACAAAUAUCCAAGACCACCACCCACUCAGUAAGACCCAUAGGUAAUGAGAAAAGGUCUUCACUGAAGGGAUAGCGCUGGGCCUGUUAGAGUGCUUUUGCCUUUCACUCUGUUUGGUCUUACUUUCGUCCCCACUCUGUUCUCCAAAAGACAGGGCGAGUCACUUUCUAUUUUGCUGAUGGAAAAACCAAGGCCAUGUCUGGAUGGAAAGACCAGAGCCUGGCUGGAACCUUGGUGCCGUCCUGUCUCCCACACUGUCUGCUGAGGAGGGCUUGGGAUUGCUGGCUCCCCCAUCCCAGACCCUCACCACAUCCCACCCCCAACUAACCUCUGGGCCAGUGUUCUGGCAGCUGCUGUAACCGAGGAGGGCGCCAGUCCAGAGGAGUAGCACGAGGGCCUGCAUCCUGGGGUCUGCAAGAAAGUAAGAGGAGGCAGGCUGCUUCCCUCACCCACCACCCUGUACCGCACGGCCACCCUGGGCAGGGAGAGGGCCUUGGCAGAACUAAACACCUUCCCUCCAGCUUCCGCAGGCUGGAAGUGGACCCUCAGCUUCCUGAUCCUUCCCUCACAGCUCCUCCCCACCCCCCACCUCACAGUCCACAGUCCUAUGGUAAGCUUGUGCUUUCAUUCCAGUGUCAGUAUCAGGAGACCCACCUUCGAGCCUAAACCUCCAGGGCAGUGAAGACCCAGCGGUGGGUUCCUUUUUGUGGACAUGGUCUAGCACAAAGGUACACUGAGGCUUUUCCCUGCAGGCACCUGACCAGCUCAUUUAUACAGGAUUUGGGGCAAUGUCUAGUCACAGCAUGGGGGCGGAACCUAGGUCUCAUGUAGAAUCACAGAAUCUCGAGAGUGGAGGCAUCGGGUACAGCCCCUGCUGCUCCCCCAAGAAGUCCUCAGACUCUCCUUGGAUUCCUCUGGCCUGGCACCUGUGGCCUCAUAAUGGACUUGUUCCCUUCUUGGACAGUUCUGUGUCAAAAGCUUUUACUUUCGUGGUUAGAGGAGUGCUGGGUUGCUGGGUGUAGAGUCAGAGAGUCUGGGUUCAAAUCUCAAUUCUGUGUCUUAAUAGCUCUCUAAAUCACAAUGUAUUCUCUUAUAAAAUGGAAAUCAAAUAGGUCUUACCUAUUGUGAUGAGGAUUAAAUUAGAUGAUGUCUUAAUAGUACUUAGCAGUGCCAGGGACAUGUGAGCUCUCCAGUGGUCCCUGAGCCAAAAUGUGUCUCCCUACUCCUGGAAUCCCAGGGCCCCCCCUUUUCCCGUGGGGAGCCAGGUCCUCUUCUCCCGACCAGGUUGGAAAUAGCUUUGACACCCCCAAGAAUUCUUUCCUUCAGGUUAAAUAAUCCCACUUCUUAGCAAGAGUGCCCAAGUCCCUUCACUUACCAAGCAGUGGCCUCUUCUGACCAGACUUUGGUCUGAUCCCUGGACCACAAGGGAAAAAGGAACUCUGGAUCCAGGGCUCCACCAUCCCUUCCCCCUGCAUUCACUGCAUCUAAAAGCUCACCCCUGGCAUCAGGAUGUGGGGCUGGGAGGGGAUGAAGGCAGCUGGGGGCCUCAUAGAUAAGAUUUUCUGAGAGGCCUAGAAAGUGGGCAUGUUCUCAGCACUCAGGACCUCUGGCUGGUCCAUGCUUUUCCUCCACCCAUAUUGCUGAGUCAAGAAUUUGUAAUCUGUCUUCCCUGCCCCUCACCUACUCUGCAACACACGCACACGCACACACACACACACACUUUUCUGACUUCUCAGAACAAAUAGGAAAGUUAAGAGUGCAGUGUGUGAUGUUUGGCCAAAGUCCUUAAAAUUAAGUGUGAAAAUCCACCGGACAACAUUGUAAACCAUGAAAGGCAACAAAAGAAAAUAUGGCCUUUGAGUUUGCUGGGCUUACAACUGGACGGCCGGUGGGAGCCAGCCCGGCUUUGUCUCUAAGCCCUGAUCUCAAGCUCGUGUCUCUGAGUGAGUGUCAUGGUCCCCCGUGUUCUCAGCCAGCUGCUCUUCCACAUGGCUGCUCCUGCCGCUCAGGGAGAAAUCUUCCAUUGAGACAACAGGAAAAGCUUUCUGCAGUGCAAGAUAGAGACCUUAACACCAUCCAGGCUCACAGCUGCUCUCUCCAUCCGGCCAGCCCCACCCAGAGCUGGCAGGAGCUUUCCUUGUCUGAGCCUCAGCUGACUGGUUCAGUGGAGACAGGAAAUACAGUGAGGUGCAUGGGCAGUAAGGCUAGAGGAAAAGCUGUUAGCUCUGGUCCCCUGGGCCAGUGUAGGGAAUUGAGAUAGGAGGGAGGAGAUGGGGAGGUGUCAUCCUGGCAAAGUGUUUAAGGAAACCAAGUUCAAAUGCACUUGAAAGUGGGACCUUCUCUGUAGGAAUCCCUUCAGAGUCUGAGCCCAGACCCCAGGUCAUGUGAUCACUGACACCACGCAGAUGGGCUGAGCACUGAAAGAGAGGUGAGGGGCCCUGGGAGGGAAAGGCACAUGGGUCCACAGCUGGCCCAGAGGCAGUCUCCGAGAUGAGAUGCAUAGUAUUAAUGGCACUUCUUUGAAUCCUCCACCUCAAGCCCUGGGGAUGAGGGAAGCAGAGAGAUUGUUGAAAGCCCCCUGCAAAGGUAGUGAGAGAGUAGAGUAAGGGCCUGCUUGGGGGCCCCUCUGAGCACACUCACUGCCUGUCCAAGAUGAUUGUCCUGUGGGCUGGGCCAGGCAGCCAGCGCCUGGCCAGGAGCACAGGGACAGUGAUGCCAUCGUGUCCAAAGGGCAGUAUCCAAGCCAGACUCCUGUCCUGCCGGGUGGGGGAGGGGAGGGGAGGAGGUAGCUAUCUUCCCAGUUGGGCCAAACUCAGCCUUACGUUCUGCCACAUUGUGCGAAUCGAGACACAAGGAACUGGGAUUUUGUGAUCUUGCCUUCAAGCUGGGAGGAUAAAUUUGAGCCAGUACAUGUGUUUCAGAUUAAACCCAGUUGUGAGACAAACACCAUCCCUCCUCCUCCCCCAAGAACCACAGCAGCCUUUAAGCACAUGGCAGUGGACCUCAUGGGCAGUGCAGGGCAGGGCACCACCCUCUCCCCUGGCUCUGCAAGGAAGAUUCCAAGCGGUCCCCUUCAGGCCCACCCCACCGUGGUGACCCCACCAGUCCCCAGACAACUUGAUUUCUGAAGUCUUGAACCCUGAAUGAGUCGGGCCAGGGUGCCCAUGAGUUUCACCUCCCCAUACCCCAGAAAGACUAGCCUUAGGAACAGAACUCCCUGGCCCAUUUCUCCUCCCACCCUCAGCCUGGGGGCUGAACUCCUGGGGGACCAGCAUAGGCCAGACAAUGAUGGGGUUUCCAGGAAGCCUGAAGCUUUUCUUUGGCCCAGACCCUGUGGCUUGUCCUAGCGAGUGGUUAGAGUGCGGGGCAGGCGUUCUCUCCAGCACUGGCAGCUGAGCCCCCAGAUCCCAUUCACUCACUGGGCUAAAUAGUAGUCAUUGUUUGCCAGGGGCCAAAACCCCAUUGGUCUCCCAGCUUUUACCAGCAGCUAAUUUGGCCAAAGAAAAAGGUUGGGCACUGGAUAGAAGGACCCAGCUGCCCUCCAUCCCAGCCUCCAACAGUGCCAGCUGCUUGGCAUUGUUGGGAAGUUACCUUUGAAAUCAACACCAGCUGAUUUUGAAAAGGCAGCAGGGAGCUGAGCCCAAGCCAAGGCUGGGAUGCAGGACAGGCUGCUUCCCUGGCUGCCCCAGUGGAGGCACAGCUCCGGGACAGCCUCCCUUCCUCAGGGCUGCAGAGCUCCCCUGAGGUGCUGCCCAGACCUGACCCGAGAGCUCUCUGCUUCUCCCCAUCGCCACUCUACUGUGCUGUUUCCCACCCGCUUCAUUCUAGAGUCUUUCCAGCCUCUUCUCAUGGUACAGUGGGGUGUGGGGUUAAUUGAGUCUAGCCUCCUGACCCUCAACUCCCUCUGCCCUUUUCACCUGCUUACCCUGGUGCCCGAGCUGCAGGAACUGCUGUCUCCCCACCUCCUCUGCCUUGCACCCCUCUUCUCUGCUCCCUGGAGUCCUCCUGCCUUACCCCAGUACCCCCUAGCCCAGGGGAGCCUCUCCCAUCUCCUCCUGACACACGCGCCAGAGCAGAACGGAGCUGCUUUACCUGUGGGUGCGCUGCAGCAACUCGCCCAGCCUAGGUCUGCACACUGAGGGGACUCUGCAAGCACCAGAGCUUUUUCUGCUGCCUCCCAAUCCAGCGUCCAGCUGGCUUCGGAUUACAGCUACUCCUUUCUUAAAGCGCCCUGCACUCAAUUUGGAUUCUGUGAUUGCAUCAUUGUCCAGGGUUAACUUUAACCCACUGCUGCCCUUCCACCUCGCACCCCUAAGACGCACACAUUCACACACUCGACUCCUCCACCAGACCUUCCUUCAGCGCCCUGGCCCUCCCACCCAAGAGGGUAGCGUGACCAGCCUGGGUGGGAACUGGGACUGAGAAAGAGUCUCGCAAGGUGAGGCCCAGGAGGCAGGCUGGAGUGGAGAAAACACUGGCCCAGAACUGGGGCUCUAGGUUUUUCCUGGUGCUUGGCUCUGGGACUAACUGGGAUUGGGGGCAAGACAUUGCUCAUAGCCGAAAAAUGAAGGGAUGGAACUGGAAUGUCUGUGGGUUUCUUCAGCCCUGAAAUGCUGAUUUCUGAAGAUCAGAAAGGGCCGUUGGGAAAUACUUGACCCGAGGAAGAAAGGAGAUGGACUGUAAACAUUAGUCCUGAGAGGUGGCUGAGCGUGUGCCUGGCACCCACCUGGGCACCGCAGAAGUCACCUGUGAGGAGAGCACUGAGGCCCUGCUCACCUGGAGGUGUUUAAGGACUGCAGUGCAGUUGUGAGACUAAAACACUGACGUGGGAAAUAAUUAGAAAAUGUACCAAAACAUUUUCUCAGCACCUGUGAGUCCUGAUCAAAAGCCUAGUGGUCAUUCAGAAAAGAAAGAAGAGUGCGCUGGGCUAUUUAGAGGAAAAGAAAGUUUAGGGGAACCUCACCUCAUGUGAGGCUCCAGGGAGCAGAGCUAGAGCCUCUGGGUAGAACUUUCCAAUGGACCAGGUUCAGCUUUGUGUAAGGAAGAGUGUGUCAACAGUCAGAGUUCAGUCCUUUCAACCAUAAAUUGAGGACCUGUACUCAAAGCACCCACUAGGUACUCGGCAGAGAAGGAGUACAAAGAUGGUGAAGACUCAGUGCCCACCCUCCAGAAGCUUACUGGCUGAUAACAGAGGCUGAUAUGAGAAAAGAUCCCAGAUCCUUCCAGUACAACGCGGCACAUUCUGUGACAGCAGUCUCUACAACCACUCCAUCCUUUACAACAGCCAUUAGCCACGUGCGGCCACGGAGCACUUGAGGCCAGUCUGAGCUGUGAUCUGCUGUAAGUGUAAAAUACACACCAGAUUUUGAAUACUUAUUGUGAAAAACAAUGUAAGCUAUCUCAAUAAUUUUGACCCUGAUUACAUUGGGUUAACUAAAAUAUACUAUUAAAAUUAA